AAAUCAAAUUGUAGCUGUUAAUGACAUUCCCGGAGCAGUGGUGUGAACGCAGCCCGCCAGAUGGGAUGAGUCUACUCGAAGGAGGGAGGGCGAGAAGAAGCAACUCGAAGAUGAUCAGACCGAAAACACGACCAUCACUCAAAGAUUUGCCGAAACGCACGUCGUUGCUUCGGUGGAAUCGCGGACAAAGUCCUCGUGAGUAGCGUCACCAUGGAACUAGGUUGUAGCUGCUGCUAUUCUUUUCUCCCUUGAGACCGUUUUCUCGCAGGUUGAAGCGCAUUGUAGCAGUAGAACGAGGUGUUUAGAGUUCCUGCUGGGAUUCAUAUUCAGGUGUAAAGGGGUGGAGGUAGAGGAAGAGGAAGAGCAAGAACAAGAGCCUGAGGAUUGAGCAAGCAUGUCAAGUGAGGGGAGGACCCGCUGUCAAGUGGUGGUCGUGGGCGACCAAGGCACGGGGAAAUCCAGCCUCAUUGCUGCAGUGGCGACGGAUUCGUUUCCCGAGAAGUGCCCUCCUGUGUUGCCGCCCACCCGACUGCCUCAUGACUUCUAUCCUGAUCGUGUCCCCCUCACUAUCAUUGAUACGUCGUCCAGGCAAGAAGAUAAGUCCAAGAUGGAGAUGGAGUGCAAGAAAGCAGACGCAAUAGUUCUGGCUUAUGCAUGCGACAGACCUCAAACACUUGAGCGACUAUCUACUUACUGGUUGCCCGAGCUUCGGGCUUUACAAAUCAAAGUGCCCAUCAUUGUAGUCGGCUGUAAACUUGAUCUUCGUGAUGAUUGCCAACCUAGUCUCGAACAAGUAAUGGCUCCACUAAUGCAUGAGUUUCGAGAAAUUGAGACCUGUAUAGAGUGUUCGGCUGUCAAGCAAGUUCAGGUCGCUGAGGUCUUUUAUUAUGCUCAAAAAGCCAUUCUACAUCCAACUGCCCCGCUUUUUGACCAAGAAUUACAGACUCUGAAGCCACGUUGUGUACGUGCAUUGAAGCGAAUAUUCAUAUUGUGCGACCACGAUAGGGAUGGAACUCUGAAUGAUGCGGAACUUAACGAUUUCCAGGUGAAAUGCUUCAAUGCACCUUUGCAGCCAACUGAGAUAGAAGGGGUAAAAAAAGUGGUUUCAGAGAAGAUGGCUGAUGGCGUGAGCAACAACGGGCUGACGCUUACUGGUUUCUUUUUCCUUCACGCUUUGUUCAUCGAACGGGGUCGGCUGGAAACUACUUGGACUGUUUUAAGAAAGUUUGGGUAUGACGACGAGAUUAAGCUUCGAGAUGACCUGGUGGCGAACCCGGCGUUCAAGCGAGCAUCCGACCAGAGCAUUGAGUUGACUGAGAAAGCGUUAGAUUUUUUGAAAGGAGUAUUUUCUGCUUUUGAUCUUGAUGGGGAUUGUGCUCUUAGACCGCAAGAGCUCGAGGAUCUAUUCUCUACAGCUCCUUCCAGCCCUUGGGAGGAUCCGGCCUACAGCGACGCUGCUGAAACCAACUCUGUGGGAGGAUUGACGCUGAAUGGCUUUUUGUCAUUGUGGGCACUGAUGACUUUGCUGGAGCCCCAGAAAAGUUUGGCGCAUCUUAUAUACAUAGGUUACCCCGGAGAUCCAGCUUCAGCAUUUCGGAUCACGCGUCGUCGUCGUAUUGAUAAGAAGCGGCAACGCUCACAGCGGGUGGUGUUUCAAGCUUAUGUGUUUGGGUCACAUAACAGUGGAAAAUCAGCCCUACUGAAUGCGCUUGUCGGGAGGCCCUACAAUGAAGCCCCUGGACAUACCAAAGGAGUUCACCGCACGGCAAACGUAGUUGAACAGAUUGGGGGAUCCAGGAAAACGCUGAUAUUGAGGGAGGUCAAUGAGGAAUCUGUUACAAGCCUCCUGGGGAAGAAGGACGCCCUGACGGAUUGCGAUGUAGCUGCUUUUGUCUAUGACAGCUCUGACGCAGCGUCUUGGAACCGAGCUCAUGAAUUACUGGUCGCGGUAGCAGCUUACGGAGAGAUGAAUGGUAUGGAAAUGCCUUGUUUACUAAUUGCUGCCAAGGACGAUCUUGACCCUGACUCGUCAUGUUCACAAAAUGCAAUACGGGUUUGCAAUGAAAUGGGAGUUGAACCUCCUAUAUCAGUGAGCAUGAAGUUAGGAGAUAUUGGCAACUUGUUCCGACGAAUUGUUGAUGCUGCUCAACGUCCACACCUGAGUAUACCUGAAACAGAACAAGGCAGGGUUAACAAGCACUAUCGACGCUUGAUUCAGCGGUCUCUCACAGUUGCUGCUGUUGGAACGACUGUUGCAAUUGCCGGCAUUGCACUUUAUCGGGUAUACGUUAGGCGGAAAGAGAAUUCUUAGGGAAGUGUCUGACAAAAUGGCAUACUGGGUGACUCUCAUUUAGGAAAGAGUUGGGGAGUUAAGAUCAAAGUCUUUUGGUCGUUGGAUUGAUGGUGGCAAUGUACUGGAUAAAUUGGACGGUGUACCCCUCCGAAUUUAUCUUCCUCUGAUGGUUACGAUGUCAACAAUCACACUGUCUGAUGGUUCGUACAUGUGUCUUACCUUGGUAUUUCUGAUAUUUUUGCAGCUUAUUAUUGUAGACCACAUUAACCUGGUUUCUUUGUGAGGUAUUAUGAAAGUACACAGGGGAGAGUGCUGUUUAGAUGAAAAUCACGUUCAGGAAAUACGAGCUGAGACCAACUACUUAAUAGUCAUUAUCAUU